AACGGACCGAUCACAAUCGAUUGUGAUUACUAGAUAGCCCACACAAGCUGACGAUAGAGAAAAUCUGCGUAUGAAAACAUUUCUCACGACAAACGCAAUCAGCGACACUCAGAUCCGUGUAAUCGCCUCAAUCAUACGCUGAUAUUUAAACCAAAUACACUGCUUUAGAUCAGUCAUAGCUGCACCUUUCAGACUUGAUCCUAUCUGUGCUCAAAAGCGCACGAAUCUUAUCUCGAACUCGAUAGAGAUGAAUAGAGUGGUGCAUCUAGUGGCGCUCGUGCUCCUGUGUGUCUCAGCAGACAGAGCGGAUCAGUGCGACGAUGGAGCUGACAGCUGCAAUAAAUGGACCGAAACAUCUCACAACCGACCUCUAAAUACAGAUGAUGUUGUGACGUACGAGCAGCUGAAGGACAUGAUGUCCACCGGAAGUGUCCAGCUCUUCGAUGUUCGUGAACCAGACGAGCUGGAAGCAGGAUUUAUUCCAGGAGCCACUAACAUUCCCUUGGGAGACGUGGAGCAGGCCCUCAGACUGAACCCAGAUCAGUUUAGAGAGCGCUACGGCGUCCCGAAGCCUGGUUUAGAGGACUCAGACUUUGUGCUGUACUGCCAGAGGGGCAUCCGCAGCCUCAGCGCGCUGGAGACCGCAAGAGAUCUGGGAUACAGCAAAGCCCGUCAUUAUGCUGGAGGAUACAGCGAGUGGAUUCAGCUGGAACCUCAGUAAACCAAGCUUAUUUCCACGUGGUGAAGGACCGUGAAGAUGAUGAUUGAAAUGUAAUCAGCGCUUGACUGUUAAAAUGACAACACAGACCAAAAAUGUAUUAUUCAUAAUAUCUCAGAUGUAUCUAUAUAUUUUUGGUAAAGAAAUAAAAUAAAAUAAUUAUAAAUAAAUACUGAAUAUUGCAUUGCUAA